AGGAUGCGCAUUCGGUUAAGUUGAUGAACAAUGGUGGAAAUCUGCACUUCCUGUCACACUGCUUGUUAGAGAAUUUUCAUUUCAUAAGCAUCUCGACAUUUUCAUCUCUAAUCAUUAGUCACCAUGAAUUGUUACCAAAAGUUCUAUACCAACCAGAUCCACUCCAGUUCACUGCUAUGUCAGUUAGCUACGAUGUGGAAGAGCCAGGUGCUAUGUGAUGCCAUAAUCCGAUCUGGAUCUGUAAUCACAAAGGCUCAUCGAGUGGUAUUGGUAGCAGCCUGUCCAAUGUUGCAGUCCAUGGAAAAUGCAGCUGUAGGAUCUCAUUUAGAAGUCCGUCUGGCAGCAGAUAUUAAACAAGAGUCCAUUCAGACAUUUCUUCAAUACUUGUAUGAAGGUUUUAUGAUGCUGACAGAACAGAACAGUCGUGAUGUGGAGAAAAUAGCUCGCCUGUUGCAGGUGGAUAGUGUUAUCAAGUGUUGUGCAGACUUUAACAAAUGUCUGGGCACAAAGACAGGCCAGAUGUCUGCAAAUGACCAAUAUAAGUACACAUUUCAUGACAUGAUUGAGUUUAAGCAUGUCAGGUCUUCAGAGAUGCAGAAAACUGUGCAGGAAAGGACCGUGAAGAGAAAUGCCGAUUAUCCACGACCACCCAGCCCAGGAAGCAAGAGACAAAGAACGCAAGAUAUGCAUGCUGAUGAUACAACCUCGAUGGCCAGUAGUUAUGGGCACAUGGCUCCAGAUCCAUGGGAUCGAGUCCCAAAGCUCGGAAUGCCUUUCCAUACCAGGGUUGGGCAGAGUUCCCAGCAGGCAGGAGUGAUUGACAUGUUGGAGGACAGUCUGGAGUUAAUUGAGACUGAUCCACCCGACUCCAGUGGGGGUCGAGCAGGAAAAGACCAGCGCUCCUCCCAGAAAGGUGUCUCUAUUGCUGUUGCUAGCCAAGUCAAUUCUAGUACUGACCUUCAAGUGGUUGAUGUGGCCACAGAACAGGCCAGGUCUGAAGCAAGAUCUCGUACCAGUCUGCCUUCACAAACACGCACAGCACCUGCCAAUCAAACCAACUCUGUCUCUGAAAAUGGAAAGUCUACAAACUCUCAUCCAGCCGCCAAGCCAUCCACCCACCCUUCUACACCUGUCAUGAAUGAGAAGCUACAGGUAAACAGUCCACCAGUCAUGUCUCCAUCAUCCUCACAAUUCAAUAAUCGCAGUUCUCCACAAGUCAGACCAGAGUCUUCAGCACAGAAACCAUUCGCAGCAGGAAGUGAGAGCCAGAGUUCCAAGCCACCACCACAACAAGGUUCUGAAAUAGCCAGCAAUACAAACACUGUAGAGACAGUAUCUGAGACUAGUGCAAGAGAAAUGUCUGAAGAGGGCCAGCAGAUCCAGCAGAAGCCUACAAAGCCCCCGACCCCCGACAAACCAUCGACCAAUCUGUCCAUUGUGAAAAUUGAAUCGGACGAAGAUGAGGAUCCAGGUGCCAUGGAAAUGUACAUUAACAUGUCUGGUGGUGGAGGGGAAUCCAUUCGGGUCCAGAGAGCAGACCAUACUGACCAAGAGGAAGGCGACCCACAGGCUGAUUGGAUGAGGGAUGAAAUGUCGAACGAGGACAGCAAUGUUAGUGGUGACCAGUCCAACUCCUGGGUCUACCCCCAGGGCAGUCAGGCCCAGUACAAAGCGAACAAGACUUCCAAUAAAGAGGACGGGACCAGUGCUGAGGGUAAUGACGGAACAAAAGGAUCGACGGACGACGGUGUUGCUGUACCAAAGAUUGAUCCCAAGUUGUCUAAGCGUUCCAAGGAAAAGGCGGAAAAACGGAGGUCCAUACAGAAGAUGCUGAAUAUGGAGAAUUACGCUGCCAUGGAAAAGUACCUGUCUUCCAUGCAGACCAUGCAUCAGUCCAUGCUGUCUCUUGCUAGUUUACCAAUAAAUGUCAGCAGCCCCGAUGGACGGGCUCUUAUCUCCCAAAUGAAGACGGCAGACUGGCCACUAUUUAAUAUGGCUGCCGGUACUGCCGCUUCUGAAUUAGAUUUCUCUCACUCUUCCCCAAACGAGUCGGAUGUCUCCACUGCUGAUCAACUGGCCCUGAAUCUGGUAAAAACGGAGUGCAAAAACUCCAUAUCUUCCAUGGGGCAUUUGGGAAAGGGGUUGGAUCGGUUUGGGGAACACAUGCACGCGUUGGUCCCAAUUCCUGAGGGAAAGUACAAAACCUGUAGCUACUGUCAGAAAGUAAAACACAAAACCAAAUCUGGCUGGUACUGCUACACCACCUACCAGUGUCGCAAGUGCGAGAUACCAUUGUGUAAGAGAAAUAAGAAUUGUUUCAUGUUCUACCACCGAGAUUUGGGCAUUCCUGAACAAGAAUAUAUCCCCUUUGCUUAAAUAAGGGUUGUAUUUUACGUAUUGGACGCAUUUUUUGCUGUUGUAUAGUGUUUUUUGUGUAGAAAUUAGAUCCUUUAUGUCUAGUUGAUAUUGUGUCAAAUUUUGAAAUACUAUUGUGCCAUGUUUAUAUAUAUAUUUUUAAACACAAAACUGCUGUAUUUGUAAAAGGAAAACAGAGUCGACACUAUUGUGUCGGGAUUUAUGAAGUGCUUACAAAGAUUCUAUGUCUAUGUGUUUACAUUUGCCAUAUUUCAUGCUUCGAUCCAGAGGUUGUAAGAAUCACACAUUUUGCUGUCGGCCAUAUCACAUUUCAUGCGUUUUUUCAUGGCGACGGACUUAAAAACAAAGAAAGAAAUGAUUAUUAUUGAAUGUUGUCAGGGUUUUUGUUUGUUCAUUUUGAUGACAACUAUUUAGUACUUAAACUCUCGUGAGUCCUGCUGCGUCGUUCAGUGUCAUUGAUAUUAUCGUCAGAAAGUGAUCAUAUAUACAUUUUUAUAUAUUUUUUUCUUCUUCCAAAUAUAUAAAAAAAUAUUUUGUUAUAAAUCUAUAAUUGCCAUUUUUAAUCUCCCAAGAUAUAUAAUUAUAAAAGGUUGAUCCAAGUGAUUAUAGUAUAAUUAUCAGCAGUUUUUACUGCUUGCUGCAAAACCAUUGCCAUAUAUAUUUUACAGUUUGUUGUGGUCAACAAUACUACGCCAGGUUGUCGAUAAGUAUUAUUUUAUAGUAUUGUGCUCAUGUAGAUUUCGUUGGUAUUUUUUUUGUACGCAUAGAGUAUUACUUUAUCAUUUUGUAUAUAAUACCUUGGUAGAUUUUUUUGUGAAUCAAGGCUUAUACAGAUUUUGAGAUAUUUUCCGAUUUUUGUUUACACUUUUGUGUAUUGAGCUUUUACAUGUUCAAAUGCUUAUGAGUAUUUUAUUUUUCAAUAUCAAAAGAUCUGUGUCUAUUUUGAUGCAAUUUUAGUUCGUUUUUUUUUUACAGUGUGUUGCCAAAGCUUUAUUUAACAUGGUAAUUAUUGUAGGGAUUUUGUUGAAAUUAAAAUUUUUGUGGAUCUGUAUUUGUUUUAGCAAUAAAUUAGAAAAGUGUGUUCAGAAAAAAA